CAGCCCCUAGAGGCGGAUAAACACACAGUCUUCCGUUCGCGUUCAGCACCACCACGGGACUCCAUCCAUCCGCGGACAGCGAUGCUUCUACACCCGAAUCUCACCCGAGUCGUCCUCGCGUCCGAUUCCUCUCGGUGUCGGGUUCGAGGAGUUCAGCCAAGGUUCCGACGCGCGUGUGACCAAAACCACCGCAUCUGAGUUAACAUCAACGAAAGGUGGCAGAAAGUGGAGAAAUCGCGCGCUACAUCUGACAAAGAGCUCGUGGUUCAGAUGUAACUUUGUGGACGUUUGGGGAGGAACACGGGUUUUCGUGCGCACAUCUAAAGACUGUUGUCAUCAUGCCUGUAAGGAGAGGUCAUGUCGCUCCUCAAAACACGUUUCUUGGAAUAAUAAUACGGAAAUUCGAGGGACAGAAUAAGAAGUUUAUCAUAGCCAAUGCCCGGGUCCAGAACUGUGCUAUUAUUUACUGUAAUGACUUAUUCUGCGAGAUGACAGGAUUCUCACGGCCGGACAUCAUGCAGAAGCCUUGUACGUGUGACUUUCUGCAUGGGGAGCAAACAAAGCGACAUGCGAUGGCCCAGGUGGCCCAAGCACUCCUGGGGUCAGAUGAACGGAAGGUGACCAUCACGUACCACCGCAAGGACGGUUCCGAAUUCCUCUGCAACACUCACAUCAUCCCCGUGAAGAAUGAAGAAGGCGUCGUCAUGAUGUUCAUCCUGAACUUCGAUUGUGUUCUCGACGAGGACAGCAAUGUCUCUACAGAGAGACUGAACCUCACCCCGCCUGCCAAACCUGACAUCAGAAAAGGAAGAUUCUUCCACUUCCGCCUGCCAUCGUUGAAGCUGUUGGGGACCAGUAAACAAUCCCUCCCCCAGGAGGAUCCGGACACGGUCCUGGUGGACACGCCCAGGGCCAGUGAAGACUCUACGGCCGUGACGGACGUCCGCUCGACCACAAAAGACCCCUGCAGUCCGGCGGAGACCAAUGACACGCAAGCACUCAUCAGUUCCAGCCCUCAUUCCUCUCCACUGUCCGUUCCCCUCGACCACUCGUCCCCCAAACUGACCUGGGACCGCCCCAGUCCAUCCCAGGCUCAGUCCACCAACUUCAUGGCCCAGUCCAUCUCUAGAAACAGUGUGUGCAGCAGACGAAGAGCUUCAUCCGUCCAUGACAUUGAAGGGCUCAGUGCGAACUCCAAACGGAUGUUUUUUGACACGCAGCCAAGUGAAGGUCCAUUCAACCAUUUCAAGUCCAGUUAUCUAGGAUCCACCUCCGACUCGAACCUAAACAAAUACAGCACCAUCAACAAGAUUCCUCUCAUCGCUCUCAACUUCUCGGAGGCCAAUGACAAGAAAGCACCUUCUCCUCCGUCCUCAGAGAAAACCAUCAUCGCUCCCAAGGUCAAAGACAGAACUCACAAUGUCACAGAGAAGGUCACACAGGUCCUGUCGCUUGGUGCAGACGUGCUACCCGAGUACAAGCUUCAGACGGCACGCAUGGACAAGUUCACAAUACUGCACUACAGCCCUUUCAAGGCAGUCUGGGACUGGCUCAUACUCCUGUUGGUCAUUUACACAGCCAUUUUAACCCCUUACUCCGCUGCCUUCCUGCUCAACGAUCACGAGGAGCAAAAUCGACGAGAAUGUGGCUACUCAUGCAACCCCCUUAACGUCGUGGACUUAAUAGUGGACAUCAUGUUCAUCAUCGACAUCCUCAUUAACUUUCGCACCACAUACGUGAACUUGAACGAGGAGGUUGUGAGUCAUCCGGGGAAGAUCGCCAUCCAUUACUUUAAAGGCUGGUUCCUUAUAGACAUGGUGGCGGCCAUUCCCUUCGACCUGCUUAUAUUCGGCUCAGGGUCUGACGAAACAACAACUCUAAUUGGCCUUUUGAAGACAGCGCGACUUCUGCGAUUGGUUCGUGUUGCCAGGAAGCUUGACCGUUACUCUGAAUACGGUGCGGCGGUUUUGAUGCUCCUCAUGUGUAUAUUUGCUCUUAUCGCUCAUUGGCUUGCCUGCAUCUGGUACGCCAUUGGAAAUGUGGAGAGGCCAUACCUGGACCAUAAGAUUGGCUGGCUUGACAAUCUCGGGGUGUCCAUUGGGAAAAGAUAUAACAACAGUAACCCCAAUUCUGGCCCGUCCAUUAAGGAUAAAUAUGUCACCGCCCUAUACUUCACCUUCAGUUCACUGACCAGCGUGGGCUUCGGAAACGUGUCUCCAAACACCAACUCGGAGAAGAUCUUCUCCAUCUGUGUCAUGCUCAUUGGAUCUUUAAUGUACGCCAGCAUCUUCGGGAACGUUUCGGCCAUCAUCCAGCGGCUGUAUUCAGGUACAGCGCGAUACCACACGCAGAUGCUCCGUGUCAAAGAGUUCAUCCGCUUCCAUCAGAUCCCGAAUCCACUCCGGCAGAGACUGGAGGAGUAUUUCCAACACUCGUGGACGUACACCAACGGCAUCGACAUGAACACGGUCUUAAAAGGCUUCCCAGAGUGUUUGCAAGCAGAUAUUUGUCUGCAUCUAAAUCAAAGCCUGCUUGAGGGAUGCAAAGCAUUCAGAGGCGCCACUAAAGGCUGUCUGCGUGCUCUCGCUAUACACUUCAAAACUACCCACGCACCACCUGGAGAUACUCUCAUGCACUGUGGAGACGUCCUCACCGCUCUAUACUUCUUGUCUCGGGGAUCCCUUGAGGUCCUUAAGGACGACAUUGUGGUGGCCAUUCUGGGUAAGAAUGAUAUAUUUGGAGAGAUGAUUCACCUGUACGCCAAACCCGGUAAAUCUAAUGCAGACGUGAGAGCUCUGAGCUACUGUGACCUGCACACGAUCCAGCGAGAAGAGCUGCUGGAGGUUCUGGAUAUGUAUCCGGAGUUUGCCGACUCUUUCCUCACCAAUCUGGAGCUGACCUUUAACCUGAGAGAUGACAACAAUACAAAGGCAAUAUAUUCACAAGCCAGUGAUUCUGACGGAGAGGAUUCAAAGAGUCGGAGGAAGAUUUCCUUCAAACGCAAACCCUCCAAAGGGGAAAGUCUGAAAGAAACGGACAGCGAGUUCAGGAAGGAAUGUCGAGAGUCUCGGCUCAGCUCUAAGAGAAGCUCAGAGGACCGCAACAUCUCCAGAGAGGAACAUCAAAGUCUUCUAGGAGCAGGAAUAAUGGAGGAUCUAUCAGUAGACAGCUGCACGUCCACACCCGGCUUCGUUUCUCCAGAUGAACACAUGGAACGCGGACUGUGUGGUAAUGGUGAGAUAGGUACACAGACCACUGGAUGGUUAGCAGACGGAACCAAACAGCUCAUGGACACGACCACACCGGAGCAGCGCGGCACAGAAGACAAUGAUCUGGACUGUGACAUGACAUAUGGAGAAGUGGAACACAAACUCGACCAGCUGCAGCAACACCUGAGCAGGUUGGAGUCCCAAAUGACGUCAGACAUCCAGAGCAUCCUUCAGCUAUUACAGAGACAGACGUGUUUAGGACCUCCGGCCUACAGCAGCCUCACGGACUACAAGAGACCAGCAAUCAGAGUACAGCCUGUAGCUUCUGAACCCACCUGCCAAUCACCCUCCACGACCUCACAGAACACUGAUUUUUUGAGCAUGACAAACGCCCAUUUCGAUUCCAAAGACUCUCCAUCUGAUCUGUCUCUCAUGGACUCAAAUCCACAGCAGAGCUAUGGGACACUACAGCCAUCACGGGACUCCGCUCCCACAUACAGUUUAAUAAACAGUCAGACGCUUCCGCUCACGCAUUCCAAAUCUCAGCUUCUAGUUCAGCAAUCUUCCCCUCCAGACACGCUGCUGAACAGUGUAGCAACAGGAACUGUGGAUCUUCACAGACCUCUGUCUGAUCCAGGACUACUAAAAGAACAGCACUGACUGCAGAAGGAAAACUGAGGACAACAAACGGCACUUCCUGAGAAAACCUCUGCAUUUCCUGGAAGUUCAACAGAGAGAACAUUUUAAAACAUGCAUUGGUCCAAUGCAACUUAUGAUUCCCCACCGGCACUCGUCUAGGCCUUGACAUUAGCUUCCUCUGUGAUGUCACUUCCUUCUAAAUUGUGCUCCUCGAUGCCACUAAGGAGAAUCCGAUCUCACCAUGGACCAAACUUCCAUUUUCAGGAAGUUUUUAAAGACAAGAAAGAUCGAAAUUUCUGGACAGGAUUCGGUGUACUUCCACUUCCUUGGUGUAAGAAUCAGGAUAUAACUGAUGGCUUAUACUGUUUAAACCAUACAGCAUCUGGCGGGCCGUUACAUAUUUCAGAUAUUUCAUUUGAAAUGGUUUAUUUUAAUCAAAGUGAACGUUCUGAACUUAAAAAUGCAUUAUUGUGAGAACUGUUGGUAACUGAUGUGCCCCCUUUUGCUUUAAUCUCAGUAGCAUUCAAACAAAACCCGAUGAUCCACAUUAUCCAGCAUGAUUUGUGUUUAAAUUUAAACCCAAAGUGGUCUCAGACUUAUAUUGUAGCAAAUUAUUCAUAUGCAAAUGUCAUGCUAAAGUAAAGUUUCUGCCAAUGGAAACAAGUAACUGCCAUGUACAUACAUUACUCACUUGUUACAGUUUUUCUUGCCCAGGUUAAGGAUGCAUGGUUGAAAGUUUGACUAGUUGCAUGUUUACUGCAACAUAUUGGGAAGCAGGUCUAGCGUUGGCAUGCUCUAGGGCUAAUAACUAAAAAUGCACUGUUCUCUUAUAAUUGACUGUUUAUUUGCACCAGUUCAUGCUAGCAUGAACCAAACUUUGCACGCCAUACAAUAUUACACAGAUUCAUUUCUUCGAAAACCAUUAGCAUACGGAACAAAUCAGCACCCCCCCUCAAAGGAAUAUGAGCUUAAAAAUAUAUAAAAAUUCUAAAAUUAGCCAAUCAUAAACACUCGCAAUGUUAUGAGAAAACUGUGAAGAGAAUUACACAAAAUAACAGUGUUUCCCUGAGCGUGCACAAUUUAAUUUCCACAACAAACUGUCAUGGAUGGGCUCUGUUUGCAAGGUACAUUGUAGUCUCACAUGUAGCUCUGUAUACUGUAUGCAUAUUUAUAAAUAGGAUAUGUAUAGGAUAUGUACAUUCAUAAGCUAUUGAUCAACUGUGAUCAGCUAUGAUAAUGUUCAUUUGAACUAAAUUUAAUGUCUUUAAAGUACAGAGGAAACAAAACUCACUGUUUUCCAAAUAUGUAGUUCACAGAGGUUUCUAUCUCAAACCAUACUAGCAAUAACGGUCAAACACUGGAUCUACACACUCAUAAAUUUAUUGUAUUGUAUUAACUGUCCUCUAAAGGGUUGAUUUGUUUAUUUACUUUGCAAAGAUAAAUAUUAAAUGCUGACGUCAUAAAGUUUGUUACCUUUACAUAAAGGGAGAGAUUUUUGUGUCUAUUUUGCUUCUCCGUGACUUUAAUUUAUACUUUAAACUAAUAUUAUUAGUUUAAAUAGUAUGUACAACAUAUAUAUCCAGUAAUGAAAUGGCAGAUUUUUUAUGUGCAAUAAACUCUUUGGAAACCCUGUACAUUGUAUCAGUUGAAACAGGUGUUUUUAUUUAUUUUUUAUUUUUAUAUGUCACUGUACAACACUGUAUUUUGGAGCAAAUAAUUAUUUGUUUUAUUGACCAAAUUGCACAGUCUCUGUUCUUAAGAACUAAGGCACUGCACCCAAAUGCAAAUAAUCUCACAUACAUUUUAAUCAUGUCUAUCUAUAAUUGAUCUCUGUAUAAAGGGAGAAUUUCUGCACUUUAUUAAUAAUAAAGACUCAAUAACACAACAUAAUAUGAUAAACGUUAUCUUAAACGUUGCAUGUGUGUCUGCCGCGUGUGUGUGGAUUCAUUGCAUGUAUGUUUGUCUUUUUAUUUAUUUAUUUAUUUUUUUUUGUUUGUUUGUAAGCCGCGUGUGUGUGGCCUCAUAACCUAGGCAGGGAUAUUUCCUUUUAUUUGAACAUCUUUAAAACAUAAAAAAUACUGCAAACUUUUGCAUGUAAACUCCAAACAAAUACAAAUAUUAAUGUUUUGUAUCCAAGUGAUUUACUUGGGCUUACACUUUUUUUUAAGUUUGCACUGUAUCGUUUUUACACCACAAUGUCUGCAGGUGUAUAAAAUUUGUCUGUUCAAAGUUUUAUUAUCAUAUAUUUCAUGCAUUCACUGUAGACGAUUACUUUUGACUAACUGUAUAAACAAGUACAUAAAUAAAAAGAAUGCACAUCA